AUGGCACCAGAACCGCAGGCAGCGCCCGUGAAAGCCGCCGCCUCAUCAUCAAGAGCCUGGGAGGCUCUUACGCCGCCGUUGGCUGAAUGGAUUCUUGAUGCCGUGUCUAGCAUGGGCUUCAAGCGAAUGACGCCUGUACAAGCCAGUACUAUACCACAGUUCAUGAAGCAUAAAGACGUGGUUGUAGAAGCAGUGACAGGAUCUGGGAAAACCCUAGCGUACUUGAUACCAACUUUGGAGAAGCUCUUACGGUUGGACGAGGAGAUCAAACGCCAUCACGUAGGAGCCAUUAUUUUGUCACCGACAAGGGAAUUGGCCACACAGAUUUAUGGCGUUCUGCAAUCAAUACUAGCUUUUCACGAGCCUUCUUCCGCGGCAAUGAAACUCCUCGACGAGAGUGAUUCUGCGGGGACCGAGGAAUUGUCGCCCUCAUCUUCAGGUCCGAGAGUUGUUGCACAGCUUCUCGUAGGCGGUGACACUUCAACAACCCAAGAUCUAAGCCAUUUCCUCAAAUACAGCCCGAGCCUACUUGUAGCCACUCCUGGACGGCUACUGGAACUUCUGUCAUCACCGCUCGUCAAAUGCCCUCAGUCAUCCUUCGAGGUCCUUGUGCUCGAUGAAGCAGAUAGACUGUUGGACCUCGGAUUUCGGGAAGACCUGCAGAAGAUACUGGGAAGGCUGCCUAAACAGAGGCGUACGGGCCUUUUCUCUGCCUCUGUGAGCGAGGCGGUGGGAGAGAUCGUUAGGGUCGGCUUGCGGAAUCCUGUAAAAAUCGCUGUCAAAGUCAAGGGAAUAAAUGGCGGGCAGGAUAGAAGGACGCCGUCUAGUCUCCAGAUGAGCUAUCUUAUCGCUCCUGCGUCCCAUAAAUUUCCUGCCAUUUCCAAGAUCCUCUCAGCAUUAGAGCCAUCUCCAAACAAGAUCAUCAUAUUCCUCUCCACCUGCGCCGCAGUCGACUACUUUCAGCACGUGCUUUUGUCAAUCCUUCCGUCGCCGAAUCGUCAAUCCUUUACUCUAAUUCCGCUUCACGGAAAGCAUCCUGCAAAGGCCCGUAUUAAGAAUCUUGCUGUCUUUGCUAAUUCGAGCACGCCUUCGAUUCUUCUGACUACCGACGUUGCAGCUAGGGGUCUUGACAUCCCUCAAACGGAUCUUGUGAUCCAAGUAGACCCACCGAGUGAUCCCAAGGUCUUUUUACAUCGUUGUGGGCGAGCCGGGCGAGCCGGUCGCAAAGGCUUGAGUGUGGUCCUUUUACAACCUGGGCGCGAAGAGGACUACAUCUCGUUUCUUGAGGUCCGCAAAACUCCAAUCACUCCAUUGACUAGGCCUUGUUUCGAUGUCACCGAUGAAGAUGCUCGAGCUGCAACAAAGGCAAUAAGGGAAAUAGUUUUGUCAGACCGUGCUUUCAAUGAUAAAGCAAAGCGCGGAUUUGUGUCUUGGGUCAGAUCCUACAGCAAGCAUCAAGCGAGCAGCAUCUUUCGGAUCGGCGAUCUGGACUGGGAGGACUUGGGAAAUGCGUGGGGAUUGCUCAAGCUUCCCAAGAUGCCAGAGCUGAAGAAAUGGGAGGGUGACAAAGCACUGGGCGUGGACAUAAACUGGAAUGCGUAUGCGUACAAGGAUAAAAAGAGGGAAGAAGUGAGGAAAGAGGCAAUAGCAGAGAAGACCGAGGUAUCUAUCACAGCUGACAUGGCUCCUUUUCCGCGGGUAAAGAAGCAGCUGAAGAGGGCAUGGAGCGACAAGCUUGAUGCACGAGACGAGAGGGAAUUGAGAAGAAGUAAGAAGCGUACAAAGCGAGAUUGGGAGAAGUGGGAGAAGAUGACACCUGCUGAGCGCGAGAAGCAACAAGAGUUGGAGCGUAUGAUUGACCAAGUCAAAGCAAAGAAGGCAGAAGAGGACAAGCUUGAGACGUUUGAGGGCUUUGAUGACUGA